GUCUCAAAAUAAAAAUGUCCAUAUAAAAGUUAUUUAUAUUUUCCAAUUGUAUACGAUUUGGAUCAAAGAGAAACCCAGACCCAGUGGCUUGGGCUUAGGCCAUUGGGCCCAACUACGAAAACACGAUUCAAAAGCCCACAAGCUACGAGAAACGGGCCAUUGCAGACAGUGGUGUUGCAGCGGUGAAGAACGCAAAUGAUUUUUGCUCUGAACCCAGAACCCUAGUUCAAUUCAAAAAAUUUCCCCGUUCUUAGAUCGAUUCAGAGGUUAAAGGUUAGUUCAAAUAAUCUGAUUCUGCUCAAUUUGGUUGUGUGAUUUUUGUUCACUGUUGGAUAGUGCGCGCAAACUGUUUGAUGAAAAACCCAGAUGGCUGUUUGUUAAGGAAGCUUGCUAUGAUCCAAAUUCAAAUACUUCAAUUUUAGGCAAUUGAUCCAAACAUUCGAAUUUCGAAUCCGUCAUCGAAUGAAUCUGCCAAUGAGAGAUGUCCAGGUUUCGAUCACUUUGGCAAGCUUCUCUAAAUGCAACAAGGAAAGCUCUCACAUGGAAUGUUGAAAACUGGAUCCCUCCUAGUGAAAGAUAUAUUUUCAAUUUCAAUUCAAAGGAAGAGCUAAAGAAGUGGCACCUCUAUUCAGAUUCUGAAUAUGGAGGGAUGUCGUCAGCGUCUUUGGAGAUCAUGGAUGCUGGAAAUGGACUAAGUGGAAUCUUCUCUGGGAACCUUUCUUUGGAUUUAAUUGAGGGUUCAAAAUGGAACAUAAGAAGGGGUGGCUUUUGUGGAAUGCGAUCCAAGAAGUUUGAUGGAUUCAUCGAUUUGGAAUCUUAUGAUACAAUAGCGCUAAAGGUUAAAGGAGAUGGGAGAUGUUACAUUUCUACUAUAUAUACAGAGAAUUGGGUGAAUUCACCUGCACAACAGGAAGAUAAUUCAUGGCAAGCAUUUGUUUUUGUACCAAAAGACAACUGGUAUAUUACAAAGAUUCCUCUUGCUCAUUACCUACCAACAUGGAGAGGAAAUGUUAUAGAUGCAGAGAUAGAAAUGAAUCCAUCGCGUAUCGUCGGUAUGUCUCUGUCUGUCAAUUCCGGAGGUGGUGUCCCAGGUGCUACAACCGGGCCAGGCGAUUUCAAGUUGGAAAUUGAUUGGAUCAAAGCCUUGAGAACACAAUAGGUUCCUUUAGACUAUACCACAAGGUAUUGAAAUUUUGGUUGUAUCAAACCAUUGCAAUUAGUUCAGAAAUUUUCUACCUCCAAUUCACCCAAUAGUAAGUUAACAAACUUUACCGAUGUUUUUGGCUACUGGUCAAGUGGGGCUCUGGCUGGAUCACCUAAAGCUGCUGUCCUAACUGUAAUUGAUACAUAAACCAAUUCAACCAGCUGCUCCAAGUGGGUGUUUUAUUUAAUGACUCAUCAAUUGUUCAAUAAUAGUAUCUGAAGAAAUUCUCAGUCAA